CGGGAGCGCUGCUUUCUCUUUUGUGUCGGUUUCUUGCCAUUGCUCUUAGCUGGACCCUUCAACCCUGCAGAGUUCAUGCUUCUUCCCUCUAAAUUUUAAAGAGCUGAAGCGUGUACCUUGAAGAAAUUCUGGCAUUUUGGUCCUGGUGCAUUAAGGCUGGAAUUUAACUUGAGCUUUUUUUUUUUUUUUUUUAAUGCACAAGUUAAGAGGGAGAAUUCUUUUGGGAAGGGGUGGGGUUUUUUGCUUGUUGGUAUGGUUAAUUUUUGUUCUUCUUGCUCAUAUAGCAUUCUUAGGGACUGGUUUGUUUCUUUGCAUUAGAUGCACUUUGGUGCAUGCACCCCCACCCCCUUUAUUAAAUGAAUUUGUAUCCCUCCAUCCAUACACUUUAUUACUCUCUCAGCGCUGCUGCCGCCGCCAAGGGUCUUCUCAGGCAUUCGAUCUUGCAACACUUUUUCUGCAUUUUCUUAUAAAGCAGUUGAACUUUGGGGGAGGGAGGGUUUAAAAAUACAUGACUGCUUUUUGCUGGAUGAUGAUGAUAACAAUCUGAUUUGCAUUUAUGUGUAUCUAUAAUAACAUUAUAGGAAAACUCUAAGAGCUUAUGAUACCCUGUUGGAGAACUUUUAGUUUUUCCAUUCAUCUUAAUUUUUGCCAUAACUUAUGUUAACAAAAGAACCGUGUUCUGACGACAUAAAGGUGGAGAGGAAAAUCACUGCAGCAUGUACAUUAAUGUUUAUUUGGUAUAAAGAGAAGGGCAUAAUGGUGUGUAUUCCUGACUCCCCCCCCCCCCGGUGUUUUUUUUUUUUUUUUUUUUUUUUUUUUUUAAGACACGGAAGGUUAUGUAAUGCAGUGCCAUUUCCAAAAAUACCCACUCUGAGGCAUUACACUACACGGUGGAAGGCUGAUUCCUAUUCUGCUGUCUUGAUUGCAAAUAUACUGCCAGUAGUAUGUCUGGGAACAAAGAGCAGCCAGAAAACAAUCUAUUUUUAUCGCUUGGUUCUACUUUUAAGUUACUAAACCUUUUGAACUCCCGCAAUUUAAAGAGGAACCAAACACUAAGAAUAGCCCAGGACUCUGCAGAGCCAGGUUGAUCUCCCUGGACUGAAGAGAGGGAGGGUGCAAGGCCAAGACUGUUACGAUUCUCAAAAUGGUUUAUUACCCAGAGCUCUCUGUCUGGGUCAGUCAAGAACCAUUUCCAAAUAAGGAAAUGGAGGGAAGGCUUCCUAAGGGAAGCCUUCCUGUCCCCAAGGAGGUGAACCGCAAGAAGGAUGACAAGAUUGAGGCUGCCUCCCUGACUCCACUUGGCAGCAGUGAACUCCACUCCCCAGGCAUCAGUUACCUCCACUCUUUUUAAUCGUUAACACCUCCAUUUGUAUUACAUAUGGUGUAUGGGUAUUGAUGAGGUCAUGGUAUCAUAUAUGGGAUUUUUUUCUGUGUAAAUCAUCAAGUAUAAGAAGAAACUAUGGGACUCUGAGCCUUGCUUUAGAGAAUUUACAGUGGACAAAUAGGUAUCAUCAAACCAGUUUUUAAUCAUUCUGACUCAAGUGAAAACGCUCAGAAUUUCACACUGUGAAUCCACGUUUACAACCCUUACAGGUGGGCCUUCAGGCCUGGUUCUCGAUGACGAUGUCUUCCACAACUCAGACUCCCUCUGCUGUCACACAACCGGUCCACUCCUGCCUUUUCACUCACACAGCUCCCUACUGCUUCUUGCAGAGGCUGAGAGUCCCCAUUUUUUUUUUUCAUUUAGAUGUAACAAGCCUAGUAGUUUAUGUUCAUCAAUUGUCUGUAUAUCUCUAUAUUUUAUCCAUGUACUCUUUUGAUGUAUAGAAGUAGUUUGAAACUCAUUGUUUCCUUGUGGUAAGUGACCGAGAUGCUGCCACAGGACCUGAGACACUGAUGAAUGGUGCUAUUUUGGACUUUCAACAUGCUCCUUGGCGAGGUAGCUCUGACGGAGUUAUAUUUUAUUUCCAUGUUCUAAGAAGGUGUUGGUACUCUGUUUCCCUGAAUGUUGUUCUCUAGACCGGAUUGACUUGUUUUCCUCGUGUCUUCAGUGUGGCUUUCUUCUUCAGCGUGGUAGGUUGGCGAAUGCUACCAGAGAGAGUAAGAGACUCACGUCUCAUUGGCUGGCGCUCAUGGACAUGCAGUCAGUGGAGCGGGAGCAAUCACAAAACUGUAACUUACUUACCAAAUCUCUUCUUUCCGGUAGCCUCGCCUGCCUAGCUUAGAGAAAGACAAGCAAUAAUUUGACAGGCAUUUUUAGGUGUCUCUUUUGGUUCUUUUUGUUUGAAAGGAUAUGGGGGGGGGGGUGGGGAAGGGCAAACUUUUAAAAUACAUGCCCUCCAGAAAAAAAUCCAAAACACUGACAUCUGAGUAGGUAUAUGCAAAUUACACCGUUCCCAAAAGUCAAGUUGGAAAACCUAUCUAUAAAAAAAUUUUUUUUAAAAAGGCAGAGCACCCUUUUCCGGCAGUUUUGAGAAGCAAGGUGUAGAUUUUACAUUUUUGUCCUUGCUCCCAAUGAAAUGGAUAAACAAAAAUAAAAUCAGACAAUACCAUCUUCUCAUGGAUUGUUGUUGUGUUAGCCAGUCUGAAAGCCCACCUUAAUUUUUAUAUAACCGUCUUGUAGCUCUUCCUUUGACAAGGCAGGCUCUGUCCCGCCCUGUCAUGCUUCUGACUGUUAACACAGAUGAUGCAUGUAACUUCUUCUUUCUCUUCUUGCUCCCCCACUGGCCUGAGUUUCUUGUGCAUUUUCUUCCUCCCUCCUUUGUUAGAAUAGGUAUAUCAGCUGUGUAAAUAGAGCAAGAAAACAGUAUUCUGCAUCUGUGGCAUUUAUGUAGAGUUGCAGUUGUGCGCUGCUGAAAAUGCAGGCUUUUGUAACAAUGUGAUCUUUACUGAUGCACUCACAAGUACCCAGUGUAUUUUAGCUAUUUUAGUAGUCUUUGUUCAAUAAAUAUGCAAGCUGUAAGGUAA